AAAUUUACUUCACUCCUCACCCAAAUCGUUCACAAAUAUCUUCCCUGCAAUCUCCUCAUUUCUAUUCCUUCCAUGCCCAACCAAGAAAAUCUCAAUCACCAAUGGAAGCAGUUAAGACCACCAGGUUCAUCACCGAGGUGGCUCCCUCUAAGUUGAUAUCCGCAACGACGAGAGAACCAUUUAAGAACAUGUUGACCACAAUCUUCGAGGAAGAGUUGGACUUUGACGAAUUAGUCAGAGCCACUGCAGAGAGACUCUCUUCAUCUUGUCCAGGCUUCUCCUCCUGGUCUCUUGGUCACUACGCCAAGACCAAUAGUCUCUCUGCUUCUUAGGCUAUUUAAUCUUUGCAAUCCCACAAUUGCAUUUUUCUUCUUUUUUUUUUUCAAUAAGACGAAAGACCAAAGAAACCAUACGUUUCUUGGCCAAAUCGUUCAUCAACUUUUCCAAUGAGAAUCUAUUUGUAAUCUCUCAGCAUUAAGAGUUGUUUGUUUAGUUUUUCAUCUACUCGUUGAGUCUUUCUUCAUUUUCAAUUUUCACUGCUCAUCAAACAUUCUUUUGUUACAUC